AUAACUCCCACUACAACAACUACAACUCCCACAACAACAACUCCCACUACCACCACAACUCCCACUACUACAACAACAACUCCCACUACCACAACAACAACUCCAACUACCACCACAACUCCCACUACUACAACAACAACUCCAACUACCGCAACAACAACUCCCACUAUUACCACCAAAACUCCCACAACAACAACUCCCAUUACUACCACCAAAACUCCCACAACAACAACUCCCACUACCACAACAACAACUCCAACUACCACAACAACAACUCCCAUUACCACAACCACAACUCCCACUACUACUACGAAAACAACAACUCCUACUACCACAACCACAACUCCCACUACAACAACUACAACUCCCACUACAACAACUACAACUCCCACGCCAACAACUCCCACUACCACCACAACUCCCACUACAACAACAACUCCCACUACCACAACAACAACUCCCACUACAACAACUACAACUCCCACUACAACAACUACAACUCCCACAACAACAACUCCCACUACCACCACAACUCCCACUACAACAACAACUCCCACUACCACAACAACAACUCCCACUACAACAACUACAACUCCCACU